GAACAAGACACUGAAAAUUUUAAAAAAUAUGGAAACAGAAACAGAGCAACUUCAUGUAACAAAAAUUGUGGCACAUUUCAUCAUCGUUUCAUUAAAGUGAGGUGAGGGUAAUCAUAAAAGAAGUAGAGGCUGCAAGAAAAUGUUAAGUUGUCCCCAUGGAUAACAACAUUCACGUAACGGAAAGCUUACUAGUAGCUGGGAUAGGCUCAACUGACUUGGUAUGCAUGAUCCACUACUCCACACAACUGUUUGUAAAUACCACAAACAAUUCAUAUACUUAUCAAAUAAUUCUUAAUAUUAUUCCAUAUCAUUUUUCAUAAAAUCUUGCCUCAGUAGCUCAUGAUAAAACCCUAUUAUAUGUAUCCCAGUGACAAGAUAUCUUGUCAAUAUCAGCAAGAAUCACUUCCAUCAAAUGUACAGUCAAAUAAACAAGAAAAUUAUCUAUAUUAAACCAAUUCAGUUCAUAGAUUGAAACUCAACAUUCCAACGACCAGGUUUGUGCAUUCAUAUGAUAAAUGAUUUUGUGUAAGCAGCAUCACAGGAGGGCCUUAAUCCAUUUUAAACAGAAUUAACAAGUAAAUAAGCCAGAAGACAUUCAAAGCAUAUACGCACUUUAAGAAAAAGUCUUUUCACUGAAACUUAUUAGCUCACACAGUAUAAAGUUGCCAGGAUGGGUGACUAACUACAUCUUUAAAAACUAAAUUUACGAUUUAUUGGAACACCCGCCCCCCCCCAUUAAACAUACUGAUAAAGGGUCUCCACGCCCUAAAUAUAGUACCUAGCGAGAAACUAGAUGAUGAAACAGAUGAAGCCAUUUGGUUUCUUGAUAUCUGAAUUCUAUAGAUUCUAUGGCACACAUCGUUAACAAUGCCACCUCCCCUUCCCUUUUAAGAAACAGAGAAUGUCACAAUUCUAUACAGGCACAGUAACAGACCAACAACAUUUGGGCCUGAUGGGCUCAGUUAUGUGGGCCUGUUGGCUGGAGUCCAUUUAUUUUACUCACAAGUUAGUGUUGAUGUGGGCCAUGGCCCAUUUAUAGUGUUAGAAUUAUAUGAACUGUUUUUAUUUUACUGUUUGGUUAAGUUGGCCUCGGACCCAUUAGUUAGUAGGAGCAGGUCAGUAUUUGUAGUAGUGUGGAAAAAAUUCAUUCAGAAGCUUAAUACAAUCAUUUUCUAUUAUUCUCUCUCUUCUUUUGGAGGUUAGGUCAACCUCGAAUUUGACCUAUUUUCUUGCACUUUCCCUCAUAUUUUCUAGUCAUCCAAACACACACCAUCAAGUGUGUUACAAGUGGUAUCAGAGCCAGGUUUUCCUUGGCAGCUACUUCAUCAAUUCAUGAAAAUGGAAGAAAUUAUCUCAUCAUUACUCAAAAUUAAAGAGAUGGUCGAGCAGUCGCAACUACGUUUUGAAGUUAUUUUGCUGACAUUCAAAGAUGUCAAGAACAACUUUCAAGGCUUCAGGAACAACUUCAAAGAAGAGUUCACCUAUUUGGAACAAGAGCUCCAUGCAUUGCAGGAAGAGGAAGAUCAAACCAAGGGUCAUCCCGUCGAAAUUCCUUUUCCCAAAUAUUCUCUUGCACAUCCGAAAUUAACUUUUCAACACUCAAAUUUUCCUCUCUGAUUUUUGUUUCCAUCACCUUCCAGAAAUUUCAUCUUUCAUUCCCUUCCGUCAGACGUUCCAAGCAAGGCCCAAACAAUGAUCGGAAAAGGAAAAUCCAUCGGGGAAUAGUUCUCGAUACCAAAUGGAAGUUUGAUCCUGGUGGAUCCGAUCCUCAAUAUCUCUAUUCCCCACAUCUCCGCUUCUCACAAUCACUCAUCUUCCUUGAACGUAAACCCUUCAGCAACCCUUAGCCCUCACUCCGAAACCCUAGAUUUUUUUCCUCCAUUCUUAGAAAUAAACGCUUUUCCUUACCUGGUUUGCUCCUCAUUUUCUUUCACUGCAUCAACCCUUCCUUCGUUGGGCUGUUCUCCAUCUUCAACACAGUUGCCCACCCUCAAUACUUGUUUCCGUCUAUUGAUCCAGUUUCCAAUGGUGUCCACCAGCUUCAGGGCCCACCUUCCCUCGCUCUCAACCGAUCCUUUGCCUCCGCUAAGUCAACUUGCAAGCAGUCCUACGGGUUCCGUCCGUGCACCACCACCGUGCUCGGCAACCUGUUCCUCAUCGUCUUCUAUGGCUACCUCAUGUUCCUCUCCGCCAUGUAUUUGUCCAAUGGGAGUGAGCUCUUGUUAGAGAUUCUUGGCCCUGGUAUUGUUGGUGGUUUGUUCCUCCGCAAAAACGAGGCCCACAGAGAAGUGCUUAAGCUCGCCAUUGGAGAAAAGAAAAAUCUCAAGGCUCAUCGUCCAGCCAUCCUUCAGGUUUCACAGCCUCCUCAUCUCCGACUUCCUUGGGUGCACCCUCAGAGUGAAGGAAAACAGCAUGCUCCCCUAAUUGACAACCCUAAUUAUAAGGGCAUAUGGAAACCUCAAGAAAUCCCAAUCCCAGAUUACAGUGUGGCUCGAGCUAUAUUGAGUACAAGAGCUCCGUCUCCUGGUGACAUUUCUGACCACCAUCUUGUUAAGGAAUCAGGCCACAAAAAGAGCAUAACAGCACUGUCAAGAUCUGCAUAUGGGUUCAUUGUACUCUUGAGCGGCCAAGAGGUGGCAUUGAAGCAGGUCUAUCCGUCUAGGCUGAACCACCAACUCAGGAACGGCUUCGACUGUGAGCUUAACUUCUUGUCCUCUGUUAACCAUCCCAUCAUUGUCCGCCUUUUCGACCUUUUUCGGGCUGAAGGUUGUAUAUUCCUGGUCCAGGAAUUUUGUGCUGGUGGAAGUCUGGCUUCAUAUCUUCGACACCAUGGGAGAGUUCAAGAACAAAUAGUGAGAGGAUUUAUGCAGCAGCUUGGAGCUGCUAUGGAAAUUCAGAACUCACACCAAAUCAUUCAUAGGGAUUUAAAACCGGAGAAUAUUCUUCUCUCUGUUCCAGAGGAUGAUGUUGUCCUAAAGAUAUCUGAUUUUGGACUUUCUAGAUAUGUACAUCCAAGUAAUUAUGCUGAGACAGUUUGUGGAACUGCAACUGCAUUAUACAUGGCUCCAGAAGUUCUUCAAUUCCAAAGAUAUGAUGAAAAGGUUGACAUGUGGAGUCUUGGAUUUACAGGUGCACCCACUUCCAUACUUGCUGUUCUAUGGUUUAAUCUGUCGACGUGUGUCAUGUGGUCUGGGUAUGAGAUGAAAUUUUGGUGUUGAAAUGAGCUUCCA